CUGCCCGCCCUGCCUCCUCCAGGCCCCGCCCCCUCUCCGCACUUCUUUUCUGGCGCCCCUCUGAGCUCUCUCCUCGCAGUUACCGUUUGGCGGUCCUUCUCUUCUCCAGGCAACAUGCCUUUUGUUGAGUUGGAAACAAACUUGCCGGCUAGCCGCAUACCCGCGGGGCUGGAGAGCCGGCUGUGUGCGGCCACAGCCACCAUCCUGGACAAACCCGAAGACCGCGUGAGCGUUACGAUACGACCUGGCAUGACCUUGUUGAUGAACAAAUCCACAGAGCCCUGUGCCCACCUUCUGGUCUCUUCCAUUGGUGUUGUGGGCACCGCGGAGCAGAACCGUACCCACAGCGCCAGCUUCUUUAAGUUCCUCACCGAGGAGCUGUCCCUGGACCAGGAUCGGAUUAUUAUCCGCUUCUUCCCCUUGGAGGCCUGGCAGAUCGGAAAGAAAGGAACUGUCAUGACGUUUCUGUGAUGGAAACAAAGAACCCAGGGGCCUUUGCUCCUGCCUGUCCAGAGCCCUUCCGGAGAGGCGUCCCAGCAGAAUUGUGGCCUGGUAGAUACAACGACCAAUCCCUCUUUUGCGUAAAUGUCUGCCACUUCGAUGCCCCCAGCCUCUUGAAUAGGUAAAGGAGAGCCAAUAAACGAAGAGAGCAUCAUUCAAA